AUGUCUUUUGCUUUAUCAACCUCGUCGACGGACCCUGAGCUUUCUGCGUGGAGAACUGUACGGUACAGCCAGUCGCCAAUGUUAAGCUCACAGAUGCAUGCGUCUGAGCUUCCAAAUGGGAAAAAUACUAGAAAGAGUGUCAUCAAAGAGGAUUGCUUUAACCAAAAAACGCUUAGCGAGCAAUUGUCAGUCGUAGAGACUUCCAAGAGCCACGAGAACCCGUUUUCCAAAACCUCGCUUGUGCACAGCACGACGGACCCUCCGGGCCGAAAAUUUCCUACAAAGCUACUUAGUUGGGUCCAAAAAGCCUAUUCUCAGCUCCGAGAGGCCAUUGUGUCCUUAAUGGGUCACAGAGGAGCUGAGAUUUUCGUCGUUCUCUAUUUAUUCCAGCUGGUGAUUGCAACUCUGGCCAUAGGAAUCAAAGAGCUGUGUUUCAAUGCAGACCUCAGGAAAAAGGGUGUGCUUGUCGCACUCCCCUUGAUACCUGUUGACAUGGUCAACUAUGAUGAUUUUACACAAUACAUAUCUAACUAG